AUGUCUACAUUAAAUUUAGAAAGUGGAAGACAAUCACGUUAUGUGAACCGAACUAAUCAACCUAGUGAGUCUGAUAGUGUUAAAGAAGAAAAUACUAAAAUAGCUAAACUUUUUACCCCAGAAGGUGAAAAUAUAAGCUUUAACAAUCAAAAUGAUAAUGACUUAUAUCUUGAAGAUUAUUCUGAAGGAAUACCAAGAGGUGAAAUAAGUCGCUGGAAAUAUCUUUGUAUCGUGUGUGGAUUGUUUUGG